AUGUUUGGUGCUUUUCGCUGUACCAGCGGUGCGCAGAACAACUCUGAAUACAUUGACAUGUCGACAAAGGCUGGUAUGGAGACUCGAAAGUCAUCUGUCAUUGCGUGUGAUCAGUGCAAAGCUCAAAAGAUUAAAUGCAAUGGUGAUCUCUACGGCUGCGAAAGAUGUCAAGAAAAAUCAGCCAAUUGCACCUACCGCACGCCUACACGCACGCCUACCCCGGCAGGGCCCUCACGCUCGAAACGCCCGUCUCCGGAUACGUCGGCGCCAGCCAGCAAGAGGCAGCGGGCAGAAAGUGUUAGCGAUGCCCUUUCGUCGCCAGUGGAUCCUCAUAUCAAGGUCCAAACACCUAUGACUCGCUCCUCGCCCGUCUUUGUGAAUUCCUACCAAGAGUGGGACGAAUUUUGCGACGCGAACGUGACCGACCACCAGGGGCUAAACCUGAGCCUGGAGGAAAGCGUGCCUUGUUUACCUAUGAUGUCUUCGGGGUCAGAGUUUCACAGUACACCCCCCUCGCUGGCGUCGCCGAGUACAUCCUAUACAAGUCAUGGCGGUCGCAACUUCUACCUUAUGACUCCACCGACGGCCACGAUUGGCCAAGGCUCAUAUGAUUACCGAAGGCGGCGCUGUACCUGCGUCCAAUCCCUUGCCAACACUCUUGAGGAGGUCGCUGGAGACAACACCCGCAGCAGGACCGACAACAGUGAUCGCAGCGAUUACCUACUCAUGUCCAUGCACCACGGGGUCGGUGCAUGCAAUCGUGUACUCGCAUGCACUGACUGCACUGUCUGUACCAGCAACUCAAUUCUCCUGGUGACCGUCGCCCAACAGCUUGCUACCAGGUCAAUGGAUCUCUGUGACCUUCUCCUUGCGCUCCAGGACAAACCCAAGCCCGUGAUACCAGAUGAAUUGCCAGAUCUCAAGAUUGGGGGGGUGUUUGUUGGGAGGUAUCAGGUUCAAAUCGCGGCUGUGUGUCGCGAGCUCGUACAUACAGUUGCGGAGAUCCAUUUCAGAGAUUUGCGGCAACUCCUGGAAUGCCUUUCUGAUCGCAUUGUGAAGAAAUCCAAGGCAGCUCGGAUGUUGGCUGACGCCACGGAGGAGGCGAAGAAAGCUUAUUGUAUCCUGGAAGGGAUUAUGAUCAAGCGAGCGGCAGAGAAAUCGAAGCGUGAUUCGAACGCAGCUUAA